CGCACCCCUUUUCCGGCCGCCGGGACCCUCCUUGCUCCACCCCGGGGGCCCCCGCCCUGACGCGGGCAGCGGCCCCAGCCGGCGUGGGGGGGCUCCUAAAUCCGGCCGUCCCGCCCUCUACUGGGCCCCUGCCCACCCCCCAUCUGCGGUGCAUGGGGGGGCCCGCAGCUGGAUUAUUUGGCAGCGCCGCACUGCGCGGCGUCGGGGAGGGGGAGGACGCAGGGGCACCCCUCUCCCCCAGCCUCAGUUUCCCGGGGCGGUUCUUGCGCAUCUGUGCCCGCCCCUCCCCCGCAGGCGCUGGGCACCGGGUCCCCCCCCAGCCAGGGCUCAGCCUGCGCUUCCCCUCCUCCAGCGCGCCUUUGUCCCCUCCAACCACGGCCUGUGGAGCCCGCGGCACCAUGAUCGCGACCAAGGAGAAGAAUAAAAGCCCGAAGGACAGCAUGACGCUUCUUCCUUGCUUCUACUUCGUGGAGCUCCCCAUAGUGGCAUCGUCCAUCGUGUCCCUCUACUUCCUGGAGCUGACAGACCUCUUCAAGCCGGCCAAGGUGGGUUUCCAGUGCUAUGACCGCGCGCUCUCCAUGCCCUACGUGGGGACCAACGAGGAGCUCAUCCCUCUGCUCAUGCUCCUCAGCUUGGCCUUCGCUGCCCCUGCAGCCUCGAUCAUGGUCGGCGAGGGCCUGCUCUACUGUGCGCAGUCCCGGCUCUGGGGCCGCGGCGGGGGCCCGGGCGGGGCCGAGGGCAGCAUCAGCGCGGGGGGCUGCAGCUUCAACUCCUUCCUGCGGCGCACCGUGCGCUUCGUGGGUGUCCACGUGUUCGGCCUGUGCGCCACCGCCCUGGUGACCGACGUCAUCCAGCUGGCCACGGGCUACCACGCGCCCUUCUUCCUGACUGUCUGCAAGCCUAACUACACGCUGCUGGGCACGUCGUGCGAGGCCAACCCCUACAUCACGCAGGACAUCUGCGCCGGCCAUGACACCCACGCCAUCCUGUCCGCGCGGAAGACCUUCCCGUCGCAGCACGCCACCCUGUCCGCCUUCGCUGCGGUCUACGUGUCGAUGUACUUCAACUCGGUCAUCUCCGACACCACGAAGCUGCUCAAGCCCAUCCUGGUGUUCGCCUUUGCCAUCGCAGCGGGCGUCUGCGGCCUCACCCAGAUUACGCAGUACCGCAGCCACCCGGUGGACGUCUACGCGGGCUUCCUCAUCGGGGCUGGCAUCGCCGCCUACCUGACCGCCUUGGCAGGUUUGUUGCCCGGUGAGAAGUCUGGUCUUCAGCCCCCGCCUCACCCCCAGGCCUGCCACGCUGUGGGCAACUUUCAGGCCCCAACUACAGAGAAGCCGACGGCACUGGCCCCGGCCAAGGACGCGCUGCGGGCACUGACCCAGCGGGGCCACGACUCCGUGUACCAGCAGAACAAGUCCGUGAGCACGGACGAGCUGGGCCCACCGGGGCGGCUGGAAGGCGGGCCCCGGCCGGUAGCCAGAGAGAAGACCUCCCUGGGCAGCCUGAAGCGGGCCAGUGUGGACGUGGACUUGCUGGCCCCACGCAGCCCCAUGGGCAAGGAGAACAUGGUCACUUUCAGCCACACGCUGCCCCGUGUCAGCACACCCUCGCUGGAUGACCCUGCUCGCCGCCACAUGACCAUCCACGUGCCCCUCGACGCCUCCCGCUCCAAGCAGCUCAUCAGCGAGUGGAAGCAGAAGUCGCUGGAGGGCCGAGGCCUGGGGCUGCCGGACGAGGCCAGCCCUGGCCACCUGCGGGCACCGACAGAGCCCAUGGCAGAGGAGGAGGAAGAGGAGGAAGAAGAGGAGGAAGAGGAGGAGGAGGAGGAGGAGGAAGAGGAGGAGGGCGAGGAAGGAGGUCGGGCCCCACCCUCACUCUACCCCACCGUCCAGGCCCGGCCGGGGCUCGGGCCCCGGGUCAUUCUACCCCCACGCUCCGGGCCGCAGCCGCUGGUGCACAUCCCUGAGGAGGGGGCGCAGGCGGCCACGGGCCUGUCUCCCAAGAGCAGCGCGACCGUGCGGGCCAAGUGGCUCAUGAUGGCAGAGAAGAGUGGGGCGGCGGCGGCCGCAGCCUCCGCACAGCCCCGCGUGGCCAACCCACCACGGUUGCUGCAGGUGAUCGCCAUGUCCAAGGCGCCGGGCGGGCCCGGCCCCAAGGUGGCGGAGACCGCCUCGUCCUCCAGCGCCAGCUCCGACUCCUCGCAGUACCGCUCGCCAUCGGACCGCGACUCGGCCAGCAUUGUCACCAUCGACGCGCAUGCGCCCCACCACCCUGUGGUCCACCUGUCCUCGGGGAAUGGGCCCUGGGAAUGGAAGACGGCGGGCGGCGCAGCCAAGGGCGUGGAGGGUGAGGGCGGCUACGAGCUGGGGGACCUGGCUCGCAGCUUCCGCAUGGGGCCCAAGCCGCCAGGGGUGUCCCCCGGCUCGUCCAUCAGUGACGUGGACCAAGAGGAGCCGCGGUUCGGGGCAGUGGCCACGGUGAACCUGGCCACCGGCGAGGGGCUGCCCCCGCUGGGCACAGCCGAUGGCGCACUGGGCCCCGCCAGCCGCGAGUCCACACUGAGGCGCAAGGCCGGCAGCCUGGUGCUGGGCGAGCGCGAGACCGCGGGCGAGGCGGAGGCCGAGAGCUACUACCGCAAGAUGCAGGCGGCCCGGAGGUUCAAGGACUGAUGGGGGCUGGGAUGGCGCAUGGGGUGUAGGUGGCCACAG